AUGUCGACGUCAAAAUUUCGGGCAACUUUGGCACACGAUAUCGGUAGCCUAUUAAAUGAUGACGGUGAUUUAGAUGAAUAUAACGUCGUAAUUCAAGUUGGUCAACCUCCUAAUUCUCAACGUUUUUAUGCUCACUCUAUUAUUUUAAGAGCCAGAUCACCUUAUUUUCGCACGGCGCUCUCAAAAAAAUGGGCGAAAAGGGAUGGUGAUGUUAUGACGUUCUCAAAACCGAACAUAGCACCAAAAGUCUUCGAUACCAUCCUCCAAUUUAUAUACAGCGGAGAAGUUUCACUACAAAACAAGAGUAUUGCGGAUGCCCUCGAACUUUUGGUGGCAACCGACGAAUUAUUAUUAUCGGAGUUGUCAGAUUAUGUACAAGAAUACCUUCUUUGUCAGGAGGCUGGAUGGCUAAAGGACAAUAUAAUAGUACUUUGGAGAAAGAUUCACCAAUAUGAGUCAUGCCGUAAACUUCAGGAGUAUUGCCUUCAACUGAUUUGCAAAGAACCUCGCUAUCUUUUCGAUUCCGAUGAAUUCUUGACGAUGGACGAGACAUUACUUAUUCCAUUCUUGAAAUUGGAUAAUCUGCAAAUUAGUGAGGUUGAAAUUUGGAACCACAUAAUCCGGUGGGGAAUAGCGCAAACCCCACUCUUGCCACAAACUCACAUAACCAAUUGGACUACCGACGAUUUCGAUGCCCUUGCCAAGAAACUGAAAAACUGCAUGCCGUAUAUUGGAUUCUCACAAAUUUCUUCGUCCGAUUUUUUCGACAAAGUGUGGCCGUACAGAAACAUUUUACCUGUGCACAUGUUGGAGGAUAGCAUGAGAUACCAUUUGAAACCGUCCUGUCCACCACAACCUGUUGUAUUUGCAAAGAGGCUACAAUUUGAUUCUGCGCUCAUUCGGCCUUGCCACGCCGCACUGCUCUCUAGUUGGAUAGACAGACUAGGGCAAAAAAGAUACUUAUACGAAGAGAUUCCCUAUAGAUUUCAAUUACUGAUUAGGGGCACGAGAGAUGGAUUUGAUUCAAGCACCUUUCAUGAAAGGUGUGACGAUAAAGGUAAAACUGUGGUAGUGAUGAAAAUCCACGAUACUGGAGAAAUCAUUGGAGGAUUCAGUCCAAUUACGUGGAUGGUAAGAGAUGGAUAUUGGAAUACAGAAGAUAGUUUCAUAUUUACCUUUGGUCAUCGUGGCGCGAUAGAAGAUGCAAAAUUGAGUCGCGUAUCAAGACAAAGAUCUUAUUAUGCGAUAAGAUUUAACGGAAUGGAGUAUGGCCCGUGUUUUGGUGAUAGAGAUCUUUCGAUGAAAGGUGUCUUCAACAUGGAAGGUAGUUGCUCUUGCCAAAAGGAUGAUUAUCUUGAUGGCGUUACUGAUUCAACUUUAUUUUCGGUUGAUGAGUAUGAGGUUUUCAAA